AUGGACGUUGACGGCGCUAGGAAAUCAGGAACCGUCAAAUGGUUCAACGAUACUAAGGGAUUUGGGUUCAUCACUCCUGAAGAUGGCGGCGAGGAGCUUUUUGUUCACCAGUCGUCCAUCAGAACUGAGGGAUUCCGCAGCCUUGGUGACGGUGAGACCGUGGAGUACGUGAUUGAGAACGGAUCUGAUGGCCGUACUAAAGCUGCUGAUGUUACUGGUCCCAAUGAAGGUCCUGUCCAGGGGAGUACCCGUGGUGGUGGUGGUGGUGGCCGUGGAGGCGGCGGUGGUGAUCGUUAUGGAGGCGGAGGUGGUGAUCGUUAUGGAGGCGGUGGUGGUGGGUACAACGGUGGUAGCCGUGGAGGACGUGGUGGUGGUGGAUACGGUGGAGGAGGCGGUGGCUAUGGUGGAGGCGGUGGUUAUGGAGGAGGCGGCGGUGGUGGAAACGCUUGUUUCAAGUGUGGUGAAAGUGGACACAUGGCUAGGGAAUGUACUCAGAACGGUGGUGGAGGCGGAGGAUAUGGUGGUGGAGGACGUGGAGGUGGAGGUUAUGGAGGUGGCGGAGGACGCGGAGGUGGUGGCGGUGGCGGCGGCGGCUGCUACAACUGUGGUGAAGAUGGACACUUCGCCAGAGAAUGCCCUACAUCUAACAACCGUUGA